AUGACCAAAGUCAUCGGAAUUUACGCAGGCUACAUCUUUGUGAUCCAUCGGCUUUUUCGCAACAUUUACAGUGACCUCUCUUAUGUAGUUAAAUAUGCUGAAAUGCCGCAUGUUGAUCGUAUCCUAAACCUCUGCCACGAGAUUUAUUUGGUACGUGAAAACCGUCUUCUACACCUUGAGGAGCAGUUGAUUUGCAAACUUAUUUUCUUAUAUCGUUCCUCGGAGACACUCAUAAAAUGGACUCGGCACCCCAAGCGCAUUAUUGAUCAUUUUACAGGCAAUCUGGAUGUACAACCUUUCUCACCAUACCCUCCACUGCCCCCGCCGCCCCCCUAUCCUUCACCUACGCUGCUCUCGGUCUCUGGCUCAGUGUCUGGUUCCAAUAUGCAGACAGGAUCUAAUGCCUCAGGAUUCUCAAUAGCUCGUCAUCGUGCUGCCGGACCAUUAUCCAGUGCAUCAGAGGGACAUCUGGAGGGAUUUGAUUACCCUCCAAAUCAGAGACAGUAUCUCUACUCGGGUUUGCAGAGCCCCAUCCAUAUACCUAUCUCUCGGCAACAUGUCCAGUCCCAUUAUUAUCGGAAUCAGCAUUCAAUGCCUUAUCCAUCAAGACAAUUGGAGGAAAGCGACCUUCUUCUAGGAACUUACGGUGGCGUGCUGGAACAGUCAAGAUGGCCAACCGCUGACAACCACAAUAUUUGUGCUGACCCGACAGAUAGUCUUAACCAGGCUGGUGCAUCUCAAGCUUCUCGGGCUCCGGUUUUCUCGAAAAGUCAGUCUAAGCAAUUGGGACACGCUAUGGAGGCAAAAACUUCUACGGAAACUCAAGAAAAAGAUUGUCGUGUUAUUUUGACUACUGACCAACCUCUCAGGGUAGCUCAACAUCCAUCGUCGGGUUCGCAUGUACAGCAGGUUCAGAAACAGAAGCAUCAGCAACAACAACUACAUCAACAAUUAAGGAGACGUGUUCGCCCUGUGAUUGAGGAGUCUCAAUAG